AUGCCCGCCAUCCAAGUCGAAGCUACAAACGUCGCUCGUGAUGCUGCAAACCUCGUCACCCGUGUGACAACCUCAACCCGCAUCGGCAGAACCAGAAGCGGCGUUAGGGUAAUCGGAGGCGGCAUCAUCGCAGCCAUUGUCGUCGGUGUAGUCAUCUUCAUUGCCGUAAUAAUUAUCGGCAUCUGUCUCUUCCGCCGCCACAAGAGCCAGAGUAAGAGGCGCCAACAAGAGAUGGGCAAGUACUACGGCGGCGACGGACGCUCCAGCAUCGGCACUGACGCCCCUGCGCCCAUCCCCGGCUACGGAAACAACAACACCAACACUGGAUAUGGUUAUGCUCAAGGUUACGGUCAAGGACAGAACCAGGGCUACGGAUACGCGCACAUGGCUCAGCCGGGCCAGGCUGGGUAUGUGGCGCCGAACAAUGGUGGCGUAGCUCCUAUGGCGCCUGCUUACACUGCCGACCAUGUUACGCACACGAAAUGA